CUGCAGGCCGUCAUCCUAGCUGAUAGCUUCAACAAGCGAUUCAGGCCCCUCACAACUAGAAAACCACGCUGUCUACUGCCAAUCUGUAAUGCCCCCCUCUUGGACUGGACAUUUGAGAGUCUGGCACUCGCUGGUGUACAAGAGGUAUUCGUGAUAUGUCGAUCGCAUGCCCAGCUCGUCAAAGAGGCCAUCAAAGAAUCCAAAUGGUCCAAACCCGGCUCGGGGAUGAAGAUCGUCCCAAUAAUGACGGCCAAAGAAACGUUCUCACCUGGAGACGCGAUGCGCGAUAUCUACACCCGUGGCCUUGUCACUAGCGAUUUCGUGCUGGUCAUGGGUGAUUUGGUGAGUAAUAUCCGGAUUGAUGAGGUGGUUAGGGUGCAUAAGGAGCGGAGGAAGACGAAUAAAGAUGCGAUUAUGACGAUGGUUGUUAAAGAGAGUGGGGUGAGGCAUCGGACGAGAGCUCGUGGAGAGUCUUCGGUUUUCGUGUUGGAUAGGGAGACGUCAGAGUGUCUCCAUUAUGAGGCGUUGACGGGGUAUCCAAGAACUAACGUCGUUCGUAUACCACGAGAGAUAUUGGCUACCCAUCCGGAAGUUGAGAUUCGGAACGACUUGAUAGAUUGUUCUAUCGAUGUGUGCUCUGUUGAGGUCCCAUCUCUGUUCCAAGACAACUUUGAUUAUUUGGAUAUUCGUAGGGACUUUGUGCAUGGGAUUUUGACGUCGGAUUUGCUCAUGAAGAGUAUACACUGCUACGUUGCGAAGGACGGCUACGCGGCGCGUGUUCAGGAUACUCGAAGUUACGAGUCAAUAAGCAAGGACAUUUUGUCGAGAUGGACGUUCCCACUCGUGCCUGAUGACAACCAUCCCGGCGGACACAUCUACGAACAUACUCGAGGAAACCGCUAUAUAGCCAAGGACGACUCUGUAAUUCUCGCACGGACGUGUAAAAUCGGCACCAACACCCUGAUCGGUCCAUCCACUCAAGUGUCAGAAAACGCAUCCAUAGAAGCAUCCGUCAUCGGCCAGAGCUGCAACAUUGGAGCAGGCUCCACCGUCAGCAACUCGUACAUCUUCGAAAACACGGUCAUUGGAGCGAAUUGCACCAUCGAACGCAGCAUUAUCGGCGCUGGCGUCAACAUCAGGGAUAAUACACACAUCGCAAAAGGGUGUUUGAUCGGUGAUGGUGUGAUAGUCGGCCCAGAUUCCGUUAUCCAACCUUACGAACGAUUCUCAACGAGGCGAGGCCUGCCGGUAGAUGGUGAUGAUGAAGAAGAAGAAGAAGAAGACGAUUCCGAUAUUGAAGAAGUGGAAGCAUGUAUGUUUUUUGGGGAUAGCGCAUCUGAUCUGGACAUCUCAGAUGCUGGGUCAAUUUCCUCCGAAAGUGAUAGCGAAUCAGACUUUGGUGACACCGAUUCGCAUGCAGACCUCGAAUCAUCAGCAGGGCGGUCAGACUUUUCCGGGCUGAUGGCCGAUAGUGAAUUCCGCCUAGAGGUUAAACAGUCCUUGGAGCGCGCUUUUUCAGAAGGCCACUCGGUGGAGAAUGCGGCUGUGGAGCUGAAGACGCUGCGGAUGGCGAGCAAUGUACCGCUGUCGCGGGUGAAAGAGGCUGUGGUUGCCGCUAUUGUGGAGAAGAUUCCUAUUGUUGAUGGGGACCCUGCCGUUCAGCGACGGGAAAUUGCAGCCGUCGUUGGGAGGUGGGGAGACCUCAUUAAUAGGAUUGGUGGAGUGGACCCCAUCGAGACGGUUUGCAUUCUACAGGCUCACUGCGCAACGUCGACGCGAAUGCCUCUGUUUGGACAAAUUCUAGCAGCUUUAUAUCAGGAAGAUAUUGUUGAAGAGGAUGAUAUUCGCGCGUGGCACAAACUACCC